AUGAAUGGGCAAUAUAAUGAUAACCCAAUGGCCAAUAGGCAAUCAAUGCCUCCAACAAGUAACUUCCAAAUGAGAAACCAGCUUUUACAAAAUGAUUUAGGUACCAUAGAUAUAAGAGAUGAAACACCUAUUUAUAAUAACGGUAAUCAUAAUAACAAUAAUAAUAAUAAUAAUAAUAAUAACACCAACAAUGGUAACGUUAAUAAUAGAUUUUCUCAACCUGUUUUCCGACAACCAACUUCUCCCCAAAUGUCUGGCUAUCCCAUGCAGCAAGGCUUUAAUCAACAAUACCAGAAUAAUUACAGCAAUAUAAGUUUAAACAAUUCAAGAGGUUCAAAUUCAACACCAACUAAAAACUCUAAUACUCCAAAAUCAAAUAAACAGAAAGGUUUUUCAAAUUUCUUUAAACAUAAAGGUGGUUUUGGAAAAUCAAAUGGAAAUGCCAAAGGUAGAGAUCCAGAUGAUGAUGACGAUGUAGUUAUCGAUGAUACUCAAUCAGCAUUGACAUUUAAUGAUAUCCCAUCUAUUAGUCAUAGAGAUGAUAAAUUUAAUCAUUCAACGUCAAUAAAUCCAAUUAUUCCGACUCUGAUAACAAAACCUCAUGAAAAUAUGAGUAACACAGAAUACAGAAAACAUAUGACAUUACAAAAGAAAAUGGCUUAUAACGCUGCAAGUCGAAACCAACAAAGCAGCCCCCAACUACCGCCAACAUCACCUUCCCUGCAGCAAGGAAUGCCAAGAGCAAUGUCGUUACAGAGUUUCGGCAAUUCAAAUCCUUAUCAACAACAGCAACAGCAGAGACAGCAAAUGCAGAUGGGUGGUAGUCCAUUGAACAAUCAAAUGAGUCCUAAUAGCUUUAAUGAUUUGAGGAACCCAAAUUCUCCAAUUCCACAAAAUGGAUUGCAACAAAGAUUUGGUCCGAAUCAAAUCCCUGUUUCUUCCGAACAACCGUAUCCACAAGGUUUUAACAACAAUAACAGUAGUCCUAAUUCAAAUCCUAAUAACUAUCCAAGAGCAAUGUCUUUGCAAGGUGCUCCACCACUACGACAAAAUUUAGGAUCACCUAUGAUGCAGCAAGGAAGGGCGUUUAAUGGUAAACCAAAUAAUAUAACACCUGUCAACUCUCAAGGUAUGUCGCAUGGAAACCCAUUGGGCAAUCAUAGCAACGAAUCUAAUGAGCUUAAAAAUUUCAAUUCAGAUUCAUCUUUUACUUCAACUUCAGAUUCGAUUGUAACAAAAUCAGUUGGUAAUGACAACUUAUCCAUGACUUCAGAUGGUAUACCAACUAAACGAGGAUCACCUUUAAAAAGUCAUAUAAUUUCUCCAUUGAGGAAAGACGAGACUGCUUCUGAGGAAGCAACUGAUAAAUCAGAUGAGUUAGUGGCUAAAAGAUUACAACUUGAAGAGAAGGAAAAACAAUUGAAAGAACUUGAAGUAAACAUGAUUCGUCUAGAGCUGGAAGAAAAGGAAAAAUACUUGAAAGAAAAAGAAGAGGAAUUGAAUAAUAAGUUACAUAAAUUUAACUCCUCAUCAAAGACUGAACCAAAGUUAUCCUCAGAAAAUGCAGCUCCAGAGGAAACGACAGAUGCAGAAUACUUAGAUCAAAGAUAUAAUGAAGAUACUAAUGGCGAUGAUAUUCAUGUGAAAGUAGCUAAAGGAAUGGUUACUAAAGUUGAUACACCUAUACAAAGAGAAAGAAAUACUGGCGUCGAAAGUAUCGCAUCACAACAAAUCGAUGAUUCCUUCAAUGACACUUCCAGUAAUUUUAUCAAGGAUACUAAGACCAGUAAUAAUCCUUUUUUCUCAGAUAUUGGUACCACUUUGAAUAAAUCAGACUCUAUAUCAGCUGCGCCAUCAUUGGGUGAAUACCCUAAUGAUUCAAGUUCUAUUGUAAGUAGCCUAGUAGAUAUUGAUGGAGCAAACAAUGAUGUCGUGGGGACAAUAAAUAUUGAAAAUAAUGCAAACGAUCAUAAUAAUAAUGUUGAUGAUAAUAAUGAUAAUGAUAAUAAUGACGAAGACGUUUUUGAAUUUGAUAGUUCCAUCAGUAAACCAUACGAGCCUGUCUAUGCUAAUGCAGAUGAGGUUGUCGAGGUUAAUAAAUUCCAGACUAUAACAAUAACUAAUGAACAAUUACAUUUACUGACAGAAAAUAAGGAGUUGAUGAACGAAGUAGUAUUGGUUUCUACUGAAUUAGCAGAAUCUAUUAAACGUGAAACAUAUCUAGAAGAGAAAAUAAAAUUACUUGAAGAAGGUAGAAGAACCAAAGAAGAGGAAGAUAAAUCAUUGGAAUAUUUUGAAAUUGAGUUAAGAAAAAAGUCUGAAAAAAUAGUUGAAUUAAUUCAACAACUUAAUGAUGAAAGAUUGAGAAGGUUUAUAGCUGAAGAGCAAGUUCUAUUAAACGAUAAUGGAGUUAAGCCUAGCUCAGCAGAACUUGUAAAUAAAAUAUACAAAUUGAAUUCGAGAGUAAAAGAACUUGAAUCAAGAAAUUAA